GGAGCUACUGCCGCUUAUCAAGUGGAAGGCAGUACUAAAAUUGAUGGUAAAGGCAAAACAAUGUGGGAUGAUUAUCUUGAAAAACAGGGUAGGUUUUCACCAGAUCCUGCUAGUGAUUUUUACCACCGUUACCCAGAAGAUAUUGGUCUAGCCAAAAAGUAUGGUUUAAAUGCUAUUCGUGUUUCAAUUGCCUGGACCAGAAUUUUUUCCUCAGGGUUUUGGCAAAGUAACCAAAAGGGUGUUGAGUACUAUCAUAAUUUAUUCAAAGAAUGUUUAGACAAUGGUAUUGAACCGUACGUCAGUCUGCACCACUUCGAUAGCCCCAAAACUCUGUUUGAUGAUGGCGACUGGUUAAAUCAAAUCAAAAAUUGGUUCACGAUAAAUGAACUGAUCUCCCUAGCAUAUUCCCAAUAUAUCGCUGGUACUUUUCCUCCUAACCAUCAUUUUGACGUGUCAAGUGCAAUUCAGGCUCAACAUAAUGAACUGCUAGCACAUGCACGUGUUGUUAAUCUAUAUAAAAGAUUGGGUUUGCCUGGUCGGAUAG